AUGGGAAGGACUAAAGGCAAAAGGCGUGAUGACGGGAAGAUCGCCGCGAAGGAGAGUCAAGUGCAGAACCAGUCAGGCAAGUGGUGUCCUUCAGCAAGAGGGAAACUUCUGACCUUCCCACAUUGGCUGAAGGGCAGAAGACGCGUUGUUGACCCGACAGAUCUGAACGAGCGAGGAGAGCUAGGAGGGGAACCUUUCUCCAAUCAAGAGAUCCAAGGGGACCAUAGGGGACCAGAGAAUGAGGGAGGGGUCGCCAGGCGACUCGGCGGCGCAGUCAAGGUGCUUGAGAAGCGACAUGGAUAUCGGAUGCGGUGCACACGACGCAAAACCGGCGUCGGGUCUCUUGGCGUGGCGCUUGCUGACCAGAAGACCCCUGGACGAGCUAAAAUGUGGGACAACCAAUAUGUAGGAGGAGGUUCCCAUUCUUCCUGCCGUCGUCGUAUCAGCCCGGCGACGCAAGCCAAGCCGUGGAGGCCCUUUCUUUCCCUCGGUCUCGUUGGCGAGGUGUCAGACGGGUCGGUGGGGACCGGCGCGUCAGUAAUCGUGACGAGAUCUCUGGUCGGCCUGAAUGACGGACUGGACAACAACAAACCCAUUCGUGUCGAUAUCGCAGGGGCGGAGGAGAAAGGCCAAGAGCCACAAAGAGGGGAAACGGACGCAGGUAACGACAGUCGCGAAAGCUAA